AUGGCGAAAACGAGGUUAUCAUUUCAUUAUAAGAUUUAAAAUAUAAUUUUCAUUUUCAGAACUCGCGCGCAAAAAGUUGACAGAUAUGAAGAAGCUAAGAAGGUUUAUGAUGAUAUCCAACAGAAGAAAAGGGACGAGAAAAUAAAGCGUCAAGAAGAAAUUAAGAAGAAGUGAGGAAUAAUUUAGUUUUGUUUUCGUGAAAUUGAAAAAUUCAGGGCUGAGUCGAUGCAGAAGUACAAUCAAUCGAAGAAAAAGAUGCAAAAGGCGUUAAUGAAAAGGAAUAAGAAAGGACAACCGAAUCUUGGCGCACAAGUUCGAAAAUAGCUUCAUUUUUCAUUUAAGACUGCUUAAUUUUCAGAUCGAAGUAAUGCUGGAAAAGAUGCAGAAGAAGGUCGGAGAGGGAAAAUGA